AUGGAUACUGGAAAAGAAGGUUUUAGUGCUUUAAAUUUCUCCAUCUUCAUCCUGUUGCUGUUCAGCUUGCUUCCAUUACAGUGUUGUUCUCAAGUUCAUGACAUAACUCCUUCGCGACCAUUAGCAGAGGGACAAACUAUUGUCUCCCCAGGCAACUUAUUCGAGUUGGGAUUCUUCAGUCCUAAUAAUUCUCCUGCUAAUAAAUAUGUGGGGAUAUGGUACCAGAAUAUACUUCCUCGUAAAGUUGUAUGGGUGGCCAACAGAGAAAAGCCUCUUGCAGUUGCAGACACCGUGGCUAGUUUGAGAAUUAGCCGCAAUGGGACUCUGGAACUUGUAGAUGGGAAGCAGAAUUCUGUUUGGUCAAAUAAUGUUUCAGUGCCAUCUAAUAGUUCAGCAGCUGCCCUUUUUUUAGACGACGGAAACUUUGUUGUCAAAGUCAAUGCAGGAGCAGCUGAUCAUUUGUGGGAGAGCUUUGAUUAUCCUAGUGACACACUUCUACCUAGUAUGCUGCUGGGAUUUGAUAGUAAAUCCGGAGAGAGGAAUUUCUUGAGUGCCUGGAAAAGUGAGAGUGAUCCAUCAACUCGGAUAUUCUUGGCUGGAUUGACACCAGAGGUGCCUUCACAGUUGGUGGUUUGGAUCAAUGGAUCAACUCCCAACUGGAGAAGCGGGCCAUGGGAUAAAUCAAAAUUCAUCGGUGUACCCGAAAUGGAUGAUCAAUAUCAAAGCGGAUUUUAUCUAGAUGAAAAUGCGCAACUGGGAACAAAGUAUUUCUCUUUUAGUUUAUUUGAAAAAACUGUGGCAGCAUAUAUGGACAUCUCUUCAGAGGGUGUAUUAAAGCUUAUCUAUUCGAAACAUGGCGAGAACUGGAAUACUUUCUGGGAAGCCCCAAAGAGUCCAUGUGACAAUUAUGGAGCAUGUGGACCUUUUGGGGCUUGCAAGUCUUCUGAAUCUCCAAUCUGCAAGUGUUUGAAAGGGUUUGUUCCCAAGUCACUUGAGGAAUGGAGCAAAGGAAACAGGACAGGAGGGUGUGUGAGGAAAACCAAAUUGUUUUGUGAGAGUAACACAAAUCAGUCAGUUGCUUUGAGAGGAAAUGAUGAUGGGUUUUGGAAGAUGUCAAAUGUAAAACUACCAGAUUUUCAUGAGUAUAUUUCGUCUUUGAGUGCUGAAAACUGCAGGAGACAGUGUCUAGAUAAUUGUUCUUGCUUGGCCUAUACAUAUGUUAAUAAUAUAGGGUGUUUGGUCUGGUCCAAAGACAUUAUUGAUGUUGAGGAGUUUUCAUCUGCUGGACAAGAUCUUUUUAUUCGCCUACGCACAGAAUCUGGUGAAGGAAAGCGAACAAGGUUAAUUGUUAGCCUCACAGUAGCUAUUUGUUUUAUGGGUGUCUUGGUUGCCAUAGUGUUCAUUUUGCACAGGUUGCGAGUGAAACAAACGGGAAACAUCAAAGUAACAAGAAAGUUCAUUGAAUUGAAUGAUACCAUUGGGAAUUCAAGUGACACUCUUCAAGAAUAUAUCAGACGGCAUGAUCGGUCAGAGUUACUCAUCUAUAAUUUUGAUAACAUAAUACUUGCUACGAACAAUUUCAGUAUCACAAACAAACUCGGGGAAGGAGGAUUUGGCUCUGUUUACAGGGGUAAACUGCAAGAAGGGAAGGAAAUAGCAGUAAAAAGACUAUCUAGUAGCUCAGGGCAAGGCAUAGAAGAGUUCAAGAAUGAGAUGGUGUUGAUCUCCAAACUGCAACAUAAAAAUCUUGUUAGGAUCAUGGGCUGCUCUGUCCAGGAUGAUGAGAAGUUACUAAUUUACGAGUUCAUGCCAAACGGAAGCUUGGAUACUCUUCUAUUCAAUCCAAUGACAGGAGGAGCAGUGCUUGAUUGGGGUCGACGCUUCAAGAUUAUUCAGGGUGUUGCUAGAGGGCUUCUUUAUCUCCACCAUGAUUCCUGUUUGAAGGUAAUACAUAGAGAUUUGAAGGUCAGUAACAUUCUCUUGGAUGAGAACAUGAACCCAAAAAUUUCAGAUUUUGGAUUGGCACGUAUCGUUCAAGGCAGGCAGAGUCUAGCAAAUACUCACAAGGUUGUGGGAACAAUUGGCUAUAUGUCUCCGGAGUAUGCCAUGGGCGGGAUGUUUUCUGAAAAAUCUGAUGUCUAUAGCUUCGGGGUCUUGUUAUUGGAGAUUAUUAGUGGCAAAAAGAAUACCAGCUUCUAUUGCAGUGACCAACAGCUAGGGUUCCUAGCUUAUCUUAAGCAACCUAUAUAUAUGAAGCUAAAUGCAGCAGAGUCUAACGAUUCAGGCCAAACAUACAUGAAAUUUUGUCAGACAUGGCACUCAUGGAAUGAAGGCAAGGGGUUGGAGUUGGUUGAUGAAGUAUUGGCAAAUUCAUAUUCACCGUCAGAAGUGAUGAGAUGUGUGCAUAUUGGUCUUCUUUGUGUACAGGACAAUGCAGCAGAUAGGCCAACCAUGCCAGAUGUAGUUUCCAUGCUAAGUACUGAGACAGAUCGUCGGCAACCUAACCGGCCUAUAUUUACUGUUCAAAAGUCAGUCUCUGAUCCUCAACCACAGUAUGACAAUAUCUACUCCGGAAAUGAAGCUACCAUAACAAUCGCCAUAGAUGCACUUAAACUCAAAGCAGUCAAUCCUUGGUUGCAAAACAAUGCCCUUGAUGGUAAUAACGGAAUUACAGAAAGGAUCAAAUAA